AUGUUUCCUAGAAAACCUACAAUGGCGUUCAACUCCACAGUGAGCGAAGGAGGUGCAAGCUACGUUGACGAUGGUGUGGUAUAUCUUUGUGAGGAUUUAUUUAACUUUGAUACCAUCAGUGGUGCCUUCUUCGUUUUGAUCUUCAUCCUCAGUGUCACAGGCAACUGUCUCCUCUUGUGUGUUCUUGCCAUGUACGAGAACCUGAAAACUGUCACAAAUCUCUUCGUCCUGAACCUGGCCUGCUCCGAUUUGAUCUUCACUGUCACACUUCCAUUCUGGGCCGUCCAUCUGCUGCACCACUGGAUCUUUGGGGAAGUUGCUUGCAAAAUUCUAACUGCUUUUUACAUCAUAGGUUUGUACAGCAGCAUCCUUGUACUGACUGCAAUGACUGUCGAUCGUUUCAUAACAGUGGUGCUGCACAAGUGGCCGAGCAACCGUGUAAGGAGGCAGAGGUGUGCAGUGGUUGCCUGUGCAGCCGCCUGGGUCAUCAGCAUUGCUGCAUCCGUGAGUGAUGCCAUCAAAGUAAAAGUGGUAAUGUUCUGGGAUGAUCUUUACACGUGUAAAGACAUCUCUGGUAGCUCUGAUGUCAAGCUGGGAUAUUAUCUCCAAGUGUCCCUGCUCUUCUUCCUUCCAUUCGCCAUCAUUGUUUUCUGCUAUUCUGCCAUCCUCAAGACAGUUUUGCAGGCUUCAAACAGAAGAAGGCACAGGACUUUAGUGGUGGUGUUGUGUAUUGUUGCAGCCUUCUUCAUAUGCUGGGGACCUUAUCAUAUUUUGCUUUUCAUCGAGUCUUUGUAUGAACCCAAAGGCUGCAAAGCAGAGGAACACCUGAACAAUGCCUAUCAUAUUUGUCGUAUACUUGCAUUCUCUCACUGCUGUAUGAACCCUCUGCUGUAUAUGCUCUCACAAAAGUUGCGAAGACAUCUUUUAGAUCUUUUAUGCUGCAUGACGGCCAGGAGAAGACACAGGGAGAGAGGCACUGGCUCUUCUGUUGUUCAGAAUGUAGCUUUUGUAGCACAAAACUCAGCUGUUAUAUUGGAAUCAAACUCCAAUAGACAUUGAAAUGCAACAUCUGUAAAUGCUUUUAUGUAAUAUAAUUGUAUAUAUUGAAUUCUACCUAUGAUCUGCAAUUUCAUAAAAAACACAAGCUGGCUGUCUGUUUUAAU